AUGGGCCUUUGGUCUCGCCGAGUUAACGGCAACAAGGGCAUUCAAGAAUUGGGAGACCCAAAUGUGGAGGGCAGUCAUGCAGGCACCCUUAUUAUUCCCCAUGGGCUACCGCAGACACCGCGAGAGCCAAUUCGAACUUCAUCGGCUUUGCUUCAGCCUAAAGUACGUAGUAGUAUCAGCGGACCUCCCGAAUACGAAGCCGAUGUUAUCUAUCCGUACAAGACAUCGCUCUCGGCCAAUGUGUUCAGUGUUAUGUUUCUGGACCAGGCGUCCGGCGAGAUCCAAGGCUCGUUGCCAGAUCGACAUGAAGCCUGA